AUGUUCAAAAGAUUGGCUGAAAAUUAUAACAUAGAAAUAAAGACAGAAACAUGCUUAGAAGCGAUUACUAAAUUAAUCGACCGUUCAAAUUCCGGGGCAUAUUUUAACUAUUUUGAGAGAGCAUUUUAUGUUAAUACGAGUUCACUUUUGGAAAUAUAUCUACGAACGUGGGUUGCAGCACUCGAAAGGAUUUAUCACAAUGGCAAUGUUGUUCGUGAAAAAUUUUACCAAUCACAAUAUUCGUUCUUAUCUUCAUGUGACGAAAUCCACUAUGAAUUUACGACGAUAGGCCCAUAUGAUGAAAAUAGAAUGAGACAAGAUAACAAUAUUGAUAAGUUGAAUAUUUGCAAUUACAAUAUCAAUUACUUACUAUGCUAUAUACGCAACUUAUUAAAAAGCAUGAAAAACAGUCAGACUCUUGGUUUUGAAAUAAGUGACCACCUGAAGAAAUUUUUUUCGGCUGCCAAUCCUGUUAAUUCUAUUGCAAUGUCACACCCUGGUGGUGCCACAAAUCUUAUAAUAUCGUUGUCAGGAGUUUUAAAAGCAAUUUCUUUCAAAUAUCCACGCGCAAAAUGGUCUUCUACUUUGCAUGAAGUUUUAAUGUCUUUUUAUGCUUCAUUUUUUCAACCGGAUAAACAAUGUGUUCUUGAUAAUCUAUCAAUACAUAUAUAUGACUUUCUGUGUACAAAGGACUAUCCUGGUGUUUCGACCAUUCAUAAGAUCGCUUCAUCUACAAGCACUCUUGUCAGAAAUGCACCGCUUGGGCUACAACAUACAUUUUGGUUUUGCUUAUUAGAUUUUUUCCAAAGACUCAUUCUUAUAGCAUCACAAAACGAUGAUAAAACACUCAUUUAUUCAUAUGUCGCAGCGGUUUCAUCUUUCGAACAUUCGCAAGCUGAUUCUAUACGGUUUAAAGCGUUAGAGAUACUAAUAAUCUUAUUAAAUAACUAUCCGACAUUUCGUGAUCGAGUAGAAAGCUUCAUAGACAGGAAAAAAAAAGAACCAGAAUUCAAACAAUUUUUUAAUGAAAUAUGUAAAAAAGUUCAGUUGGACAAUGAACUUAUAACACAAACAAAACUAUCAGUCAAUGAAAAUAUAGUUUCAGAUCCAUAUUAUACAAAUAUUUGA